AUGACAACACAAGUCACAGUUCCACCGCCGCAAUGGCUUGUCGACAUGACAUCAACCUCCACCGCCCUCACCAAACCUAAAGCCAACAUCGUCGACCCACCAGGCUUCACAACCCUUCAAUCCAAACAAAAGUCCUCCAAGACCGCCGCUGCACCCGCUCGUAAACAACCCACACCCGAGGAGAUGGACACUCUCAAAUUGAAGAAAGCUUGGGAGCUCGCGAUAGCUCCCGCCAAACAACUCCCCAUGAACGCCAUAGGCAUGUACAUGACAGGCAACAGCCUGCAGAUCUUCAGCAUCAUGAUGGUAUUCAUGUUGUUCAAGGGUCCGAUCACGGCCAUGUUCAGCAUACAGAGUACGUUUCAGAGGUUGGAGACGGAUAGCAAUCGCGGUCAGAUGCUGCUUGUGAAGGCGGCGUUUGUUGGGUGUAACUUUCUGGCGCUGGCGUUGGGGAUAUGGAAGGUCAAUGGGAUGGGGCUGUUGCCGACUACUAGAUCAGAUUGGCUGGCCUGGGAAGCGGCGAGAGAUCCGUUGGAACGGGCUUAUUAUGUACCGUCCUGA